AUGCUUCGUCGGUUCGUCGUCGCCGGCCCGUCGCGAGCGCUGCUGGCGAGGCAACUGUCAACAGCUACGCAAGGAGCUGAGUCGACCGCUCAACCCGCUUCGACCGUGUCCUCAACGCCCUCUCCGGACCACACUGGGGUGCCUCAGGCGACUCUUCAACGGCUGAUCGACAUUGCUUCUCGGCCUGCGGGUACGCAGUCUCGUCAAGAUCGAUUCGAAGCAUGGAGGAUCUAUUCCAACCUUGCUCCGGUGGACCGCUCUCGCCUGUCCUCCAACGAGCUCCGCGCGAUCCUCCGAGUCAUGGCACCUCGUUAUGAUGAGGCGUGGGGUAUGGCCACGAGGGAGAGCGAUAUUCCGAAGCAGCGCAUCAAGCAACAUACCGCAAGGAUGCGACAGGGCCACAAGAUUGAAAACUCCCUGCAGGCUGUCAUGGAGGAGCUCAUGGUCCGCAACGAGAACAACCUGAACGACUGGCUCUUUGUCCUCAAUGCUCUCGGUCGUUUAGGUCGGGUUUCGACGAUCGAGGCCAUCUUGUCCAAGGCGCCGGAGGAAAUUCGCGACAACCGACGUGUACUGGAGGCUCGGCUUGGUGCCAUCACAAACUGGUCUCGCAGCCUGUCGUCUGCUUUCCGAAAACCGCGACUUGAGUCCAUCCAGAUCGCCCACGACACUUUCUGGGACGUCUUCCAGAGAAUAUCCAGCCACAAUCAGGACCUCAACGGCUUCACCCUUCGUUUACUUCUUACGUCCAUCUCGAGCGUAUCCAAACUGGUGGCGACGUCGGGUCAGCAGGAGGAGGGCCUGGAGCGCCUGGACGGGCUUUUCCGAUACAUCCUGGCGCAGGCCUACGGCCUCGACUUGGACAACCUGGCCGUCUCGGUUCAAGCCCGCGAUGCCGGCGAUGCCACUCGGACAGGGCUCGCCAAGCUGUCUGCGAAGGGUCUCACUGCUGUCAUGACCCAGCUUGCUGCUGUCAAGACGGACCCGUACCGCAUGAUCGCCACGUACGAGCUGCUUACGAAGAUGCCCCGUGCAGCUUACACGCAGGAGGAGAUCUACGAGCAGGAGGAAGAGGAUGACGAUUACUACGUCACGCCGGACGUUCCGGCAGAGGAGCCUAUCACGGAGGCGGAGGCUUCGCUGGCCUCUGAGGCUAGCAGCUCGUACCAGGGCUUCCGCACCAUGGACCAGUUCUUCCCUCCCUCAACGAAACCAGCUGCAGUGUCGGCUCUUCCCGCUAAGGAGGCUGCUCGCCUCUCGGUGUGCAAGCCGAUCUUCAGUCACGAGACGAUCACCGUCUUGCUGACCGACUUCCUCGAGCGCGGCGUCGACCGCGCGCUCUUCCGACACGUUCUCCGUUCUGCUAUAGCCGAUGCCCAGGACGCUCGCGCUCGGUGGCUCGCCGUCUACCUCGGAUGUCCUGACAGCCGACGACCCCGUCUGCGCAAGUCCGUCCGCCUGUCACCAGAGUGGUUCAAACAAGCUCUCGAGAGGGAUGACCUCGAACUCGGCAAGGGAUCGGGACAGACCGCUCUUCUGAUCCAACGGGUUCUGGACUGGAACACAGAGGAGCUUGGAGUUAUUUUCAACAAGGAGAAGGAAAUCCGGGGCUGCGACGACCUCGAGUCCCUCCUUGAGUACCCUCCCUGGGCUAAGGACCCUCGAAUCCGUCGUAUCAAGCGCAACCUCGAGGUCUGCAUCAUUCCGGAGGAGCUCAAAACGAUUGCCAGCGACACACGGACACUGAAGGGCCUGCUGGAGCGAGCGCAGGCCAUGGCCAGCCAGCGGAGCGAGAGCCGAGCGCGACAGGCGAGGAACAGGAGUAUUCGCGAGGCUGAGGCAGAGGCGGAGCGGUUGCGGGAGGAGGCGGAGCAGCAGGAGGCGCAGUCGUAG